UUUUGUACCCAGCAAAUACUCAUACACCUGAGCUUCCCACCCUGAGUAAAGCGCAGCGGAGACCCCUUACAGAUGUCACCCAUAUUGUUGGAGUGUGCGGACCCAGCGGAGAUGGUCACGCCCCCCGGACGUAGGAGCAUCGCUGUAGCUUUUCUUCCAGGACUCCUGAUUGGUCGGUUGUAAGAAGCUGAAUUGUUACAAUGACUUUGAUUGGUUAUCUGGAAAGAAGUGUCCGGAAGAUAAGUGUCUCCUUGGUUACCGUGUAACCGUCUGCCGGGCCUGGUGAGGCUGCAGGGACGCUUGGGUUACAGCACCACAUAGCCGGCCAUUACUUCACAUUGGGAUAGCGGUGAGCACCUUCUGGGAUAUGAGAUUUUCUUGCUAUGUAACUGACCUGUCUUAAAAUGGGUGAUAUUCUGGCAUAUGAAGCAGAUUUACUUGGAUUAGUAAAAGAAUUUCUUAAUUUCGGCGAAUUCCAUGAAACCCUGAAAAGCUUUACGAAGGAGUGUAAGGUUAAAGGGAAACCAAUUCCUAGAGGUGAUAGCUCUGUCGCAAGGGAUUCAAGGCCUUUACUUAUACAGAAAGACCUCCUCACUGCUUUCGAAGAUGGGGACAGAAAAACAUUUUUUGAGAUUUGGACUGAAAAUGUCUCUCUUGAAACUCGCAGCAAUGAUCCUUUGGCACAAAAGCUUGAAUUUUACCUCAAUAUCCACUUUGCCAUUUUUCCUUUGAAACGUAAUACAGGACAGAUUGAUCGUGCUGACUGUGAAGAGCGGAUUUCUCAUUUUAAAACCUACUUGGAAACCAGUGGAGCGGCACUGAGCCAGACUACAGAAUUCCUUCCAUUCUAUGCCCUUCCCUUUGUUCCUAAUCCAGCUGCUCAUCCAUCCUUCAGAGACCUUUUCCAGGAUUCCUGGGCUCCUGAGCUAAAGUCUAGAUUGGAAAAGUUUCUAUCAUUGACUCUGAAGGCUGGAAGUACUCCUCGUCUUGUUUCACUAUAUAAAGAGAGUGGCCAGUACAGCAGAGAUGUUCAGUUACAGCAGCAGUUGGCAGAAGCUGAGCACAGAGCCAUCACCUACAUGAAACGCUUCAAUAAGAUGCAGUCUGAUUACCAUAACCUGAUAGGUGUCACGGCUGAGCUUGUUGACUCUCUUGAGGCAACAAUCAAUGGAAAGCUGAUAACCCCUGAAUAUCUACAGAAUGUAUGCACCCGACUUUUUAACAGCCAGCUGAGGCAAAGUGCAGCUCAGAGCAUCGACUUCACCAGGCCUGGGACUGCUUCUUCUAUGCUGAGAGCCUCAAUCGCACCUAUGAAACCUCAAGAGGUGCCCUUGUUGCCCUCUCUAGACUAUGAGAAACUGAAGAAUGACUUAGUAUGUGGCAGCGAUCGACUGAAAACAUUGCUGCUGCAAGCGUUACGCUGGCGCUUGACUCAUUCCCAGCCUGGAGAGCAGAGAGACACUGUUCUUCAGGCAUAUAUCACAAAUGAUCUACUGGACUGUUUCCAGAAUGGACAGAGAAACGUUCUCCAGCUGCUACACUCCAAAAAUGAAGUAGUCAGACAGUACACUGCUCGCCUCAUCAAUGCUUUUGCAUCAUUGGCUGAUGGCCGGGUUUAUCUUAGCCAGAAUCCUCACUUGCUGCAUUCAUUAGAGGAAACUCUGAAAAGAGAGGAUAAAGAUUCUAUUACCAGGGAGAAUGUAUUAGGCUGUCUUCAGAAGCUAAGUCUUAGACGCCCAAUGCAAUCAACCAUGAUAAAAGAUGGCCUCAUCCUGUGGCUGGUACAAGAACUUGAGGACACGGAUCAUCUCUCUGACUACACAGUGGAGUAUUCUGUAGCACUGCUUAUGAACCUUUGCUUACGUAGCUCAGGGAAGAAAAUGUGUGGUAAAAAUGCUGGACUUGUCCUCAAAGUGCUUUCUGACUUGCUAGGCCAUGAAAAUCAUGAGAUACGGCCGUAUGUGAAUGGAGCUCUCUAUAGUAUCCUUGCUGUUUCUACAAUACGAGAAGAAGCCAGAGCCAUGGGGAUGCAGGAAGUUCUGCGAUGUUUUAUUAAGGAAGGAAACAGAGAUAUGAACCGUCAGAUUGAGUUCAUCAUACGGCAGCUCAACUCAGAAGAAAAAUUUGAUGAAGGUGCAGAGUCUGAUGAUAAUGAAGACGUGGAAGAUGAAGAGGAAGAACAAGAUGUUCUGGAAGCAGACUUAGACAAAGAUGAGGUUAUUCAACCUCAGGCUGGAGAACUAACAGGGGAAAAGCUUCUGACUUCAGAGUACCUCGGAAUCAUGACACAUACACUAAAAGUAAAGAAGAAAAUGUUUCCUGGCAUACUGCAGAGCAUUGAUGAGCCUCUCCAGAGACCUGUAACCCCCAGCAGUCACCGAGCUGUGCAUACAGUGCCAGACAACCUAACUUCGCAAGUCAAUCCUUCAAGCUAUUUCAGAAUCCAGAAAUUGUUAUCAAGACCCCCCACACGUAGUGGAAGCCGCCCUGGGACAGCUGAUUUUUCUGCCUUAUCUACAUCCAUCGACACUGAAUCCUCUCGGCUUUUUUCUCCAAGCGCUCGGUCAGGUCAUCAUGGACCCGUGUCUCCUUCUUCCCCUAGAAUUUUGGAUUUGGAUAAAAGCAAUGGGCACAGUAACAGCAGAACUUGGCUCUCACGAAGUCCUGAAAUACAGAAUACCAGCCCACGCAAGGCUAAAACACCUACUAUUGCACCUCAGUUUUCUCAGUCUGGACCGCAUCAAAGUCGACCCAGUUCUGCUGGAUCUUCUACUCAUAGCAGGCAAAGUAGCCAGUCCUACAGGAAAUUAUAAGAAGCCAUACAAUGGGAUUUGUUGUUGUCAAAUAAUAGAGCUAGAACAUUCUUUAUAACUCCAUUUCUUAACUUCCGUAACCUGAUCCCUAUGCCAGUGAAGAUCUAGAGAACCAUAAAAUAAGUAUAGCAGACACGACUCAAAAUUGAUGUAUGAUCCUGAUUAUCCUGCAUUCACAUAAAUCUGAGAUAUGAGAUGUUUUUUAGUGGAGUCAAAAUGUGGAGCCGCUUCAGCGUUGUCUGUUCUUGCGCCCGUUUCACAGGGAAAGUUUAAACUGCCCUACACAUUGGAGGUCCCCAAGACCACUACCCAUUUCUCAGUGGAUUUGAAAGGGAAAAGGGAUAUUGGGAUUAACAUGAGUUACACCUUUACAUGUUAAGUUUAGUUACAUUUUCAUAUAAAUAAAAUAUUUUUAUUUCAGUGACUGGUAGUAAAAUAUGAAUGUAAAACAUCAUCAAAAGUGUUCCCUCUUAAAAUGGUCUUGGCUUUUGGCGUGUACAGUAUGGUUCUAGAUAUUGAUUUAAACUUUAAACUCAAUCAUUAUGAAAUAGUUCUUUUCGACCUAUUUAUUUAUUUAUGUGAUGUGUUGGAUACGAAAUCAUUGGAUACAAUUUGACUUUGUAUAAUAUUUACUAUAAUUUUAUAAUAAAACAUGUUUUUCCACCUUAUUUGUUAAUUUCACUUA